AUGGAUUCUUCGCUUAUCGAAAAAAGACUGUUUACUUCUCUCCACACUUUGAAAGAAACAGGAGAGAGCAUUCGGCGGCAGUUUGUUAACUCGGAACUUGACCUUAACCAUUUCCUUCACCAAACUGUUGAGAAACAUAUCUCGAAAAUAAUCGAAAAACUCUAUAAACUCGAGGAGGGAAUACAAAAUAUUGAUCUUCGUGGUCGACCACAACGACGUUCCCCACAUUUAGCUGCCCAGGAGCAAAGUGCAUCGAGUGCCAUAGCGACGCGUAGCCCACGAACUCCACCUCUAACGCGAAACAACAGACCUCGUGCCGAUCAGUUCUACAUCUACAAUAUUCCCAAUCAAUCGUCCGAAUCGAUCUAUCGCGUUAUAACUUAUAUCAAAGAGUAUAAAUCCUCGCACAAGGUAACACUAGACCACAUUUAUAAAGGGUUAGAGGAUAUAGACAUCGAUGAAAUAAUUAAGUAA